UAUAUAUAUAUAUAUAUAUAUUACUGUAGGCUCUUCUAUAAAGCUGCUGUAGAUCUGCACACCUUUAUCACUGGAGGACGGACAGAUCAUGAUGGGAGAACCUGUGAUGUUGUGGCUCGCUCUGCUCUCGGGGUUGUGUGUCACUGAUGUGGCGCCGGCUAAUCUUGCUCUGGGCGCUGCAGCAGUGCAGUCGUCAACAGGAGACCCCAAUGGAGACGCUGAGCACGCGGUGGACGGAAACACAGACGCAGACUACCGUAAGGGCUCCUGCACACACACCGGCCGCGAGUUUAACCCGUGGUGGAGGGUGGAUCUGGGUGAAGUGUCGAGCAUCAACAAUGUCACCAUCACCAACAGAGGAGACUGCUGUGCGGAGAGAAUACGAGGAGCGCAGAUCCGCAUCGGGAACAGCCUGGAGAACAACGGAAACAACAACCAGCUAGCUGCUACUCUUCUGGAUGCUCGUGAAGUCUCUCAGACGUUUGAGUUUCAGCCGAUUCAGGGCCGAUACCUCAAUGUUUUCCUGCCGGGGAAUGAUGAAACUCUGAGUCUGUGUGAAGUGGAGGUGUUUUCAGCAGGUCCAGCUGGGAAUAUCGCUGCUGGAGCCGCCGCUGUUCAGUCCUCCACUUGGCCUCAUGAUGGUGAAGCAGGGAACGCUGUGGACGGAAGCACCGAGUCUGAGUAUUUGAAGGGCUCCUGUUCACACACUCUGGGGGAAACCAACCCGUGGUGGAGGGUGGAUCUGGGGGGAGUGUUCAGCAUUCGCCGUGUCAGCAUCACCAACAGAGGAGACUGCUGUGAGGAGAGGAUAAACGGAGCUCAGAUCCGCAUCGGGAACAGCCUGGAGAACAACGGAAACAACAACCAGCUAGUUGCGACUGUCAAGCACAUUUCAAUUGGAAACGCAGAGACGUUUGAGUUCAGGCCGGUUCAGGGCAGAUUCCUCAACAUUUUACUGCCUGGGGUGAACGUUUACCUCACUCUGUGUGAAGUGCAGGUGUUCACAGACUGAGGACUGAGCUGAAGCUCUGAUCACAGAAACUCAUACAGGAUUAAACAGCAGACUCCGUUUGACUGUAAUAUUCCAGUUUCUGCUAAUAUUUGAAUAAAGAUGAGUC